GUAAAAAGUGCCGGGACAUGAUGUUUAAAAUCAGUGAAACCUCCUCCCAAACAACAGCAGAUGAAAGAGCUGCUGAGAAGAAGGAAUAAAAAUUUUGGCAUUCCUGAUUUAUCUCUGACUUCAUCAUCAUGAGAUUAUUUCUGGUUUCAUCACAUCUGCUGAUGUUCUUAUCACUUCUGGAUCUAUCCAGAGCACAAACAGCAAUGCCUAUAGAAACCACCACCCCAGAGACCACUAUAGACACUACAACUACUGAGACCACUACAGACACUACAACUACUGAGACCACUACAGACACUACAACUCCAGAGACCACUACAGACACUACAACUCCAGAGACCACUACAGACACUACAACUCCAGAGACCACUACAGACACCACCAUUCCAGAGACCACCACAUUUUCAACAGACAUUGCAUCAACUACUGCAUGGACAGCCCCAGCAAUAUUCUAUCCAUUCGGCUCAUCGGCAGGAGACUCUGAACAUAUUGAAUUUGGCUCUGAGACUUAUAAACAUGUGGCCUUCUCUACUCCAUUCACAUACUUUGGCCGCAGAUACAGCAACAUAUAUGUCAAUAAUAAUGGACUCCUUACAUUCAACCAAGCUUUAGAAGAAACUCUCCUUUAUCCCUUUCCCACAUAUGGAAAUGAAGAUUACAUUGCUACUCUCUGGACUGAGCUUGAUGACAUGGGUAUUGGCAAAUAUUGGUAUCAGGAGUACACAAAUGGAAGUGUGCUCGACCGCGCCACUCAGGAUAUAAACCAAUAUUUCCCAAACAGGGGCUUCACUGCUUCUUGGGUUUUUGUUGUAACGUGGGACUAUGUGAUUACACAGGAUAUAAAUGUCUUUAAUCUUCACUCAGAACCGGCAAUCACGUUUCAAGCGGUUUUGAUUUCAGGAGGUGGUCUUUCUUUCAUUCUGAUGAAUUACGGAAACUGUGCUGCAGUACCAUUUUCAGUUGAGGCUGGAUAUGAUACCAUAAACUCCACUGACUACAAUGUGAUACUUUAUGAGGAUACUGGCUCCUCCAUCCCAAACCUCAAAAACACGACUAAUGUAAAUGUUCCUGGUCGUUGGGCUUUUCUUGUGAACAAUGGGACAGAAAACAUCAUAGGACUUCAAAUUAACCUUAGGUCAUUUUUAGACCUAACACAGACUGAAAACAUUCAGAGUGUUUUGCAGCUAAUAAAACAGGAGCUGGUCAGACAAGGAGUGUCAAGCCAGUUUGGGCUGAAAUUAAGAAAACUGGAAAAGAUAUGGCCGUGAUACAAGAAAAAGGACUUAAAUCUCUUAUGUUGUUGCCAUUGAUGUGGACAACAAGGACGUACUGUAGACACCAAUUCGAUUUCUUUUUUUCACCCAACACAUAAUUCAGCUACACACAAACAUGAAUGAAUGAGUAAUAUUUGUUGAUCUUCUUAUUUCGUGUCCUAUUGUCAGAUACUGUGGGAAUGUUUCAGAGAAGUAAGCUAAUUAAACUGGCCUGUAGCAUUUGAACAAUGUCAUUAAACCUUUUGUUCAUCAACA